ACGCGUUCUUCCCUAAACUUUGGGAUGGGAGCGAGGAGCCGGCGGGAAAGGGAAGCCAGGGAGCUCCACGCUACAGGAAGCCGCGGCCUCCGGUGAUAAAUAGGAAAGCCGGGAGCACAGGAUGCGUUCGGGGAGAGCUCGGCGGGACACGGGGAUGUGACCGCGCUCCGGUCGCUCGGUCACUUGUCCGGCGGGAUGGCCGCGCUCCGGCCGCUGCUGCCGCUGCUGCUGCUGGCCUGGCGCUGCCGAGGGGCGGCCGUGGAGGUUCUGUGCGCGGCCGGCGCCUGCUACACCCUGCACCGCAACGAGAGCACCUGGGCCGGGGCGCAGGAGCGCUGCCGGGACAACGGCGGUAACCUGGCCGCGGCGGGCAGCGCCGCCGAGGCCGAGCGCCUGCGAGAGCUGCUGGCCACGGCCCGCUGGACCGACCCGGCCUGGCUGGGGCUGUCCCUGCCCCGGGGCCACUGCGUGCGGCCGCAGGAGCCGCUGCGAGGCUUCUCCUGGGCGGCGGGCGGCGAGCCGGGAGACUUCUCGGAGUGGGCGGCGGAGCCGGCGGUGACCUGCGUGAGCCCCCGCUGCGUCUCGCUGCGCCCGCCCGGCCCGCACGGCCCCGGCGGCUGGAGCGACCGCGCCUGCCGGAGCUCGCUGCCCGCCUUCCUCUGCAAGUUCAGCUUCCAGGGCAUGUGCGGGCCGCUGGCCGCCCGCGGCUCCGUCAGCUACAGCACUCCCUUCGGGGUGCGCGCCCCGCGCCUGGCCGCCGCGCCCUUCGGCACGCUGGCCGAGGUGCGCUGCCACAGCGGCGGCCGCUCGGCCUUCGCCGUCUGCAAGGGCCCGCUGGAGGGCGGCGGCUUCGCCUGGCACCCCCCGGGCCCCCUGUGCCCGCUGGCCUGCGGCCACCGCAACGGCGGCUGCGAGCAGCUCUGCCUGGACGGGCCAGGCGAGUCCCCGCGCUGCGCUUGCCACCCCGGCUUCGUGCUGGCCCCGGACUCGGUGUCCUGCCUGCCCGAGGAUCCCUGCCUGCCCAACCCCUGCCAGGGCUCCUGCCGCCCGCUGCCCGCCGGCUUCCAGUGCUCCUGCGAGCCCGGCUACGUCCUGGCCGCCGACGGCCGCGGCUGCUCCGAUGUGGACGAGUGCGAGUCGGGGCCGUGCCAGCAGCACUGCCGCAACUUCCCCGGCGGCUUCCAGUGCCUGUGCCAGGCCGGCUACCGCCCCGCGGGGCCCGCCGGCCGCCUCUGCCACGACGUGGACGAGUGCGCCCAGCCCCACGCGUGCCCGCAGCUCUGCAUCAACAUUCCCGGCUCCUUCCGCUGCGCCUGCCGGCCCGGCUUCCAGCGGCAGCCGGGAGGAGAUUCCUGCCUGGAUGUGGAUGAAUGCCUGCGGGAUCCGUGUCCCGGCGCCUGCCGCAACUUCCCCGGCGGCUACGAGUGCCUGUGCCCGCCCGGCUCCCUCCGGGACGGGGAUGGCCGCGGCUGCAGCCCCGCGGAGGCGAUCCCGAGCAGCGUCCCAGCGAGCUCCGGCAGCAUCCCGCCGGGGAGCUCCGGUAUCCCCCAGACUUCCAGCAGCAUCCCACCGAGCUCCAGCAUCAUCCCACCGAGCUCCAGCAUCAUCCCACCGAGCUCCAGCAUCAUCCCACCGAGCUCCGGGAUCAUCCCACCGAGUCCCAGCAUCCCCCAGAGCUCCGGCAUCCCACGCACCACGCGCAUCCCAUGGACCACGAGCAUCCCGCGGACUCUGGGAAUGCCCACGGCGGGGUUUGGAGCCGCUUCGGACUCGGACGGCCCGCGGCUGCUGCUCUAUUACAUCGUGGGCAGCCUGGUGGCCAUCCUGCUCCUGCUGGCGUUCGCCCUGGCGCUCGUGGCUUGCAGGAGAAGGGCGGCCAGGAGGGAGAAGCCGCCGGCCAAAAGCGCGGCCGAUAAUUAUUGCUGGGUGCCCGAGCAGCCCGAGAGCCGCGGGGAGCGCAGGUAGGAGGGGGUUAAAAAUCCCAGGAGAAGGCUGGCAGGGAAUGCUCUGUGCCCUGAGGGAGUUCCUCUGGCCGUUCGGGUGGGAUCAGCAGUCCUGCUGCUCCAGGGGAGGGACGGGAAAAGGGAAUGGGGUGGAAUUUGCCUCCGAAAGGCAAAUUGGGAUUUAUGGGAGCGCGUUCCUGAAGGGAAACGGCUCACUUGGAAUUCUCCUGCUCCCCCUGGAACAUUCCAGACUUGCACUUGUCUCAUUCUCCUGGAAAAGGGAUUGGGGUGGGGAUGGAGAAGGGAUUGGGACAGGGAUGGAGAAG